UGGGACAUGUUUGGUGAUGGAACUCCGGAGUUGAAGAGAUUUGCUAUUCGAAUUCUAAGCUUGACUUGUAGUUCUUCUGGAUGUGAGCGUAAUUGGAGCUCAUUUGAAAUGGUUCAUACAAAGAGAAGAAAUCGUUUGCAUCAAAAAAAGAUGAAUGAUUUAGUUUAUGUGAUGUAUAACUCCAAGCUGAAAAAUAGACAAAUUCGAAAAACUGUAGCUCUUCCAUUUGAUGACAUUGAAUCAGAUGAUGAAUGGAUAGUUGAAGAGGCAGAUGAUGUUGUUGAGAUUGAUCAAGUUGAAGGUGAAAAUGACGGUGAAAAUGUUCACUUAGAUGAAGCAACAACAGAUCCUGCUCUAGAUGCUCUUGAUCUUGAUAAUAUAACAUUUGGAAACAAUGAGGAUGCACAACAUUCAUCAGAGGAAGAGUUAGAUGAGGAUGAUGAUGGAGAUGAUGAUGCCAUUAUCAGAGAAUUAGAGGAUUAGGCAUAGAGAAUUUGAAAUUUCAAUUUAUGUUUUACAUUAUAUUUUUAUGAACAAUAUUUCUAUGAACUUAUUUAUUUUAAUUUAUAUAAUUUUGUUAUCUUA